UCCUCACAACACAUCGACAGUGUCUCAUCUCCUCUCCCCACAUAUUUUUCUAAAUAAUCUUCAAUCCCCGGAGCAUUCACCCCCAGAAUCCUCCCUCAACGGCAAUAACUCGAAAAACCCCCGUACCGUCGUGAGCAAUUGUUGACUGACUAAACUUAUUCAAAAAAUCUCCAGUGUUGACAAGGAAAAUAAUUUCGUAAAUAAAAUAAAACAUGGGGAUGAGUGACACUGAGUGCUGAAGAUAUUGGCAUUUCCCUCGUUUCGUGGAGGAUUCAUCAGGGUUAUGAACCAGGGAUCCAAGAUCAUUGUUUUAGGGACUUAUUUUAUGAUUGUUGGACCUCUCACUGAGAGUUAUUGUCACCACAAUGUCGGAGAAAUGUAAGGAGUGUGGCUGUGUCUGUGCGAGGUGCACGACGAAUGACCACAGACACAGUGACGUUCAUCUCCAUGCGGAAAUUGAACACCUGAGACAGAGUUUGAUGGAAAAAGACAGUCACAUUGUUAAGAUGGAGACCCAAUUUUUUAAUGAGGCUGAUAAAUUUCCUAAUGGGGAAUUGGCGUCUAUGAGGGAGGAACUACGCACGUGGGAGGACAAGUACUCGAGGCUCUAUGAGGCACACAAGAGAGUGCAAAAGGUCAAUCAAAAUCUUGAGGACAAGUUGUUGAGGAUUGUGGAUAAAUGUGAGACUGAAAAAGGUGCCUUCACCAAGGAUAUUGCGACACUGUCACAUCGAUUGGCUGAUGCUAAUUACAGGAUUCACCGAUUGUCGCAGGAUAAUGCGGAAUACCGUAACGACGUGACGCUGGCAAUCCAGCUCCUCCAGUGCAAACCCUCGAACUUCGUGGGCCAGAAGUACGACUCCCUACCAACAGAAGUCCAAGCCAAAGUGAAGACCUACAUCGCCCAGAAGCGGAGAUCGAGUGACGUCUCCCCACCAGACGUAAAAAGCAUAACAGUGCCAAUUUCCACUUUCCCCCCGACAGCGAUGGUCUACAACAUCAGCAAGCCGAGCCCCACCGAGAAGUACAGCGACGACGAGAGUGACGACGGCAAGCCCCCCGUGGACAUAGUCUCAGCCUCGAUAAUGGCCAAAGUCCUGGAGGACCGCGAGAAGGAGAGAAUUUUCGCGAAACACUGUGACACCUGCGUCUGCCACAAAAUGGUCCUCAUGGUGGACUCUGAGUGUCAAACCACCCUGAUGUUCACCGAGGACAGCUACAAGAAGCCCUCGCUGAACGGUUACACCUGCCUCCGUCAAGUCCAGCCCCAAAAGCCGAGCCAAAUCCCCCAGGCCUCGGUCCAAUCGAAAAUUCUCCUCGAGAGAUCCCAAAAGUCCAUCACAAACAAAUCAAAACAACAGAAUAAAUCCAAAAAGCUGGACCUCCCGGAGAUGAAGCCCCAGGCAACGUCACCAAUGGUCACCAGACGCCCCGAAAACCUGGACCUGACGAACGCCAAUGCCCUCCAGAGCCCAGUGGACAUAAUAAACGACAGAAUCUGGAAGAACACGUGGUCCAACAAGACGAAGCUGGGUGUCAACAACAGGUCUGAGGACCCCUUGAAACUCCCCAGAUGCAGUCGACCAGGGGACAUAGACCUGGACGUGAUAAACGAGAGAAUCUGGAAGAAAAAUUCCCCGAACAACAAUCAGCACCAGAAUGUAACACUGAUAGAGGUGACGAACGCUGUGAACCUGAAUCAGACAGUCGGCCAGUCGCCAGGUGUGGCUGCAAGCCCCAGUUUCAGUAGUGACAGUUCAGCAGUGAUGAUCUCGAGUUCAGAACCCUCCAGCAGCUCCAGCGACCUCAUCCAAUCCAAGAGUGACAAGAGAAGGAUUUUCAAUGGUAAUACGACGAAUAAUACAGCGAGAAAUUGCCUGAUGAGGGUCAGCCAGGCCUCGAAGAACAUUCUGCUGGACAAUGCGAGGGGGAACUAUCAGACUGUAGUUUACACGAGCCCUGAGAGCCUCAGUGGCAGUCCCAAUGCCAGUAAUUUAUCGAAUACAACAGCUCUAGUUCAUAAUAAUCCGCUGAAGAGUCGAUCACCGUCGACUAGCAGUGACGAGGCAUUUCCAAUUCUUCCAAAUGACUCGCCUACACAAUUGCACAGUGUACAGAGGGUGGCUGAGUGGGUACAGUCCUCUGUAACAAGUUCACAGGGUAAAAAGGGGAGCGAUGGGGGGGUGGGGGGGAGCAAGGGUCAUACGUUGAUCAAUAUGCCGGGGUUUGAUGAUAAGUUCAAUGGGGAUAAUAGGAAUCCAAGUGUACCAGUGGUGCAGGGAACCAAUAGUUUACAUUCACUUACGUUCAAUAAUACUGGGAAUGAUCGAAUUGGAGAUCAGGGGAUUGAGAUACCAGAGAAAUUGGAGGAUGAUUCGACACAGGUCAAAGACCUCAUUUCGUUUGAUUCGAAUAAUGAGGAGGAGGGGGAGGAGGAGAUUAAGGCUGAUGGGGACUAUCAGGAGAUCAAGAUUACCAAGGAAAUGGAAGAAACUUACCUCAAACUCGCUGCGAGUCUUGAUCCAGUCUCGUUGAGUCUUUCUACUUGUGUUAAUCCGGAUAUCACUAUUGAGAAGUAUAGGAAGGAUGUUAAGAGGCUUCAUCCGAUGAAGAUGAGUGAUAAAACUGGGGGGACAUAGCAAGUGUGAAGGGGGAGUCGAGAAAUUUUUUGUUUGGUUUCGUUUUCAGUUGCAUGAAAGCUUUUGAAAGUAUUUUUGAAUGGAAUUCCUGGUGAGGAAGGCAAGGAUACACGCCAGGUCUUUGAGGUAUCCCAAAGCAGUACCAUACAAAUGUUAAUCCCUAUGGAUUUGUGGAAGAAAUUCUAAGUUACUUAAUUUACUGCAUUCUUAUGGGUUAUCGAGGUGUUCUAUCCUCAUGUGUUGUUGAUGAAGGCAACAAUGAGUGUUUGAAUCAAAUGAAAAAGUAUUUGUUAACCAAUUGUUGGAAUCAAACAAGAAAUGAUAUCACGAAAUUUGCAUUUUUUAAAGUUGAAUAGCGCAGAAACUGGGUAUUAGAA